ACUCUGAACUCAGUGACUCCUCACCUGGAUGUGGAGGAGUGCAGCAUCUCCCUGAUGCCCAGAAACCGUGAGAAGAACCGCAGCAUGGACGUUCUGCCACCGGACCGCUCCCUGGCCUUUCUCAUCACAGCUGAGGGAGAAAGCAGCAACUAUGUCAACGCGGCGCUGGCCGACAGCUUUCUGCGACCUGCUGCCUUCGUUGUGACACCACACCCCCUGCCCAGCACCACCACUGACUUCUGGAGGCUAGUCUAUGACUACGGCUGCACCUCUGUGGUGAUGCUCAACCAACUCAACCAAUCCAACUCUGCCUGGCCCUGUCUGCAGUAUUGGCCAGAGCCGGGGCUACAGCAGUUUGGGCCGAUGACGGUGGAGCUUCUUUCCAGAACAGCUGAUGAUGACAUCAUCAUCCGUCUCUUUCGGAUUCAGAACAUCACCCGGCAGAAAUGGCGGUGGUCGAAGUGGUACGUUCUGUGCAUGCACCAUGAUACUGGAGAUGAUUCGUCACCACAGCGUGGUGGACGUGUUCUUCGCUGCCAAAACGCUGCGCAACUCUAAACCAAACAUGGUGGAGACAAUGGAACAGUACCGGUUCUGCUACGAGCUGGCCCAGGAGUACCUGGAUUGUUUGGAAGUCAGAUAGCGCCAAUYCCUUUUAUUGUGUUCUCUGUCAGUGGACCGAUCCUGGUCCUGAAUCCUGCAUCUUUGCUCCUGCCUCCUUAGCCUUCAUGUACA